CAACAGCUGCUGUCGCUCGCGGGCGAAUGGCACUGCAAUUUAUUUUCUGUAUUCGGUUUCAGCUUUGUUCUAAAUAACUGCAAAAACACGCCCGCAAUGCAACAGUUAAGCUAGGCGGUGGUGCGGAAAGAAGGACCCAAUCCAGGACUCGAGAAAGCAUACCAGCAAGAUGUCACAGGCUGCGGCCACGACGCAAAGUGCAACUGCUGCACCGGUGGGCAGCAGGCGACCGAUGGCAAACGAAGUGGGCGGCGUGGGCGUCAUUGGCACCACCAUGUCGGCUAGAUACGGAGAAACGGAAUGGGAGGCACGGGAGUCCCAGCGGCAGAGGGAACUGCACGAAGCUCGCGCCAGGGCGGCGCAAAUGGAGAAGACCAUGAAGUGGUGGUCCGAUUGCACGGCCAACUGGCGGGAGAAGUGGAGUAAGGUCCGCAACGAGCGGAACAAGGCCCGGGAGGAGUCCAAGCAGCUGAGCCUCAAACUGGACGGCGCCAUGAAGGAGGCCCACUCGCUGAAGCGCGAGAAGAACGAUCUCGAGAUGCAGAUCACGCAGCUGAAGAAGGAGAUGGAGAAGGUGCACUCGCUGAUGAUGAAGCACGCCGGCCAGUUCCAUCGCGCGGACACCAGCGAGGAUGCGGAGGCCAACGGCCGGGACGCCAACUGCUCGCCGGACAUCUCCUCGGAUGGCCUGAAGAAUGUGAACAGCGAGGACGGCCUGGUCACCAAGUUGCCCAACGAUGUCAAGGACCUGGACAUCGAGGAGUUCGCCCUGAAGGGCGCCAUGCCCAAGCACCUUACCGAGUUGGACGAGGCGGCGGCUGCCGAGGAGAAGCGCCUUAUUCAGCAGCUCUCCAAGGACGACUUCGACGAGGACUACUUGAUGCAGAAAAUAUCCAUGCUGCAGUUGCGGCUGGACGAGGCACAGAAAACCCUUCAGGCGGAAAGGGAUGAGAAGCUGGAGCUGCACAAGAGCAUCGAGAAGCUGACGCUGGAGAUCCAGGAUGUGCGCGGUCGCCAGGAGGAGAUGCGCUCGGCCAAGCAGGAGGCAGUGCGCGAACUUCUAACGCUUCAGGAGCAGCAUCGUGCUGAGAUGCGCAUCGUUAACAACUCGCUGCAGGAGGAGAUUGCCGCCCGUGAGAAUCUCGAGCGUCGCCUCACCGAACUUCGCACUGAGCUGGAGCACCUUCAGGCGGAGAACGCCUCCGAAUGGGGCAAGCGCGAGCGACUGGAGUCCGAGAAACUGGCCAUGGAGCGGGACAACAAGAAGCUGCGGGCCGAGCUGCGGGAUUACCAAGAGCGUUCCGACCGCAAGUGCCGACCCAUGCAGGCCAAUGACGUGGAGGUGCGGGCCCUGCAGCAGGAGCUUUCCGAGCGCAACAAGGAGAUCAGCGAGGUGAAGAUGUCGCACGCCAAGCUCAAGAAGCUGCUGGCCGAAACGAACACGGAGUUGGGUCACGCCGUGCGCCGAGCCGAGCAGUACGAGGCGGAGGUGAAGCGUCUUCGCCAGCGUGUGGAGGAGCUAAAACGGGAACUAGCUGGCGCUGAGGACGAAUUGGAUUCGGCAGUGAACCAAGUGCGCCGAUUGCAGCGCUCCAACGAUGAGCUGGUGGGUCAGACUGAGGGGCUACAGGUGCAGAUACAGCACCUACAGAACAGACGUGCCCCGAGUCCCCAGCUGCGGGGAAUGGGCGGGGUGCAGUUGAGGAACAAGAUUGCCGUGGAGCUGCCCAACGAUUGUCUGCCAAACAUCAACGAUCUUCGCCAGAUCUUCGAUGAUUCGCAGGCGUGCUUGAGGAGUUCCCACAACGGCAGCGAUGCAGCAGCUCAUCAUGCAGCUUCUGUCAAGAGAUCCAGUCACACUGAGCGGACGCUGCUCCAGCAGCAGCAGAGCAGUGCAGCGGCAUCUGCGGCGGCGGCGGCAGCUGCAGCAGCGGCCUUCUUUGAUGCCAAGCCCACACAUCUCGAGGAAAACAUUUUUGAGUCAAAGUCCCGGAACUUGGAGUUUGAGCGGGCCAAGCAGAAGUUCGAUAAUCCCCACGGACAGCACCAUCACCAUCAUCAGAGACAGCGAUCCGGAAAUGGGCGAUAUGGAAGUGCUGGCAGCAAUGCCAGUCGGGCGAAUCUCGCCCUGCCGUUGAAGGGAAUGAACAACGGAGGAAGCAGCUCCGCUUCCAGCAAGGAUGAGCUGAACCGGCAGCUGUAUGAGAAGGAGCAAUCUGCAGGAGCGGGCUAUGCCAGGAACAGCAUUAAUCUAGACGGUCUCAAAGUGUCCGACGAUGAGACUCCGUAGCUAUGGUUCGACAAGCUUGCUGCUGGACGAUGAGACCGAGGGAAACAGCGAUUAAGUAAUAAACGAAGACAUUCGAGGGACAGUAAUGGUAUUAAAUAUUUAGUAUUAAUUUUCAAGUAUGCGCAAGUACUUUAAUGUUGGUAGAGACCGUUUCUCAAAUAUGAAAAGCAUUCCUAGUUUAUAUUUGGGGCCCACCUACCAACCGGUUCCUUAGUUCUUCUUUUAUAAGUAAG